UGCAAACGAGACAUCACAGACACUGUAGUCUCUAGAUAAUUAUACCACUGGAAAACAAAACAAAACAAAACAAAAACGCUUGUCCUCUAGGAAUCAACAGAUUAGAAACAGUGAAAAUGGUGAUGUCAGACAUUUUCCUCAAUGAGGACAUCAUUAAACUGCUGCACAACAAAUUUGUCAUCAUUAUAGGAGAUUCAAUUCAGAGAGCCAUAUAUAAAGAUUUGGUUAUGCUGCUGCAGAAAAACCUGUAUUUAAAAGACAAACACCUUCGUAAUAAGGGCGAGAUGAGUUUUGAAAGAGAUGAAUUAAUUGAGGGAGGUCGUAAAGGAUUAAUGAGCAAUGGCGUGAAUUACAGGGAGAUAAGACAGUACCAUAGGGAAAACCACCUUAUCCGCUUUUACUUCGUCACCAGAUGCUACAAUACCUAUAUGGAAUCAAUAUUGUCUGACAUCAGCAAAGAUCCCAAACCAGAUAUCAUAAUAAUGAAUUCCUGUCUGUGGGACAUCAGCAGAUAUGGAAAAAAUGGUGUAGAAGAAUACAAGGUGAACUUGGUUCGCCUUUUUGACCGUUUAAAGGAGGUUGUGUCACCUGAUUGUCUUGUCAUCUGGAAUGCCACUCUGCCCAUCUCAAAAAAUGUCCGAGGAGGUUUCCUGAUACCAGGGGUAGAGUUCAUGAAUAGUACACUAAGACUAGAUAUUCUGGAGGCCAACUUUUAUGCCCAGCAGGUGGUCGUGUCUCAUGGAUAUGAUCUUCUGGAUCUUCAUUAUUAUAUGAGAAAUCAGCUUCAUCGCAGAGCUGGAGAUGGUGUACACUGGGAUCAAACUGCUCAUCGUCGCAUGACAAAUUUACUCCUGACACAUAUAUCAGAGGCUUGGCGGCUGAAACUUCCAGGACGAUCUGAAGAAAUCAGACAAUUAACAGAACAAGUUGGACAGGUUUUACCCAGUGACACGGGGAGAGUCCAGUUUUCUGGUGGUCAUCAAUAUAGAAGAGGUUCCAAUCAUUUCAGGGGUUCUGCAAAUACUGGUAGAUGUGGAAAUUUAAGAGAACCUGUUGUUGAUUAUCGAUCUCCAGUAAGCAAUCUGUACGCUAGUUCAAGGAACAUGUGGAAUUCAAAUAACAAUGUUCCAUCUGAAACAGCUCCAAAUCCAAACUCACAUUACCAGAGAAGAGAAAAGGCAACAGGUACUUGCUACAAGAGAUGCCAACAAGAAGAAGAGGAUUAUUAUUACUGUAGACAGGAACAGUUAGGUGAGAGUGCUAAGUCAGAGGAGUUCCACAAAGAUCUGCAGAUUCCAACAGGUGACAGAUUUCACAUGAUAGAUAUUAAUUCCAACCUCUGUGCACCCUUUACUUGGAAGCCUUACAGUGAACAGAAUAUCCCAGGAUGCAGUAAACCAAGAGGGGGAUUCAAUAGAAAGAAGAAUCCAUACCACAUGAGGGAAAAAAAGAACAGGAAAGAUUCAAGUUGUAACAAGAAGUUUUUGUAAAUGUGUAUUUGAAACUGUUGUAUUUGAAACAAUGUGGAAAGUUAUAUCUCAAAAGAAAAAGAUAUUUCUUAGAGAAAAGCAUUUUUUUUUGUUUUGUUCACUGAACAUGCUGAAGGUUGGUUACCUGAAAAAGUUCUUUCUUUCUUUUAUUAUGUGUUACAUUUUCUGUAAACCAUUGAUAUUUGAAGCAGAAUA